AUGUCAGAACCAGCCGGAAAUAACGCGACGACAUGCGACUGCCCUCCUCGUGUUUGGCGUUGCUCCGGCAUGAAGAUGAUUCUUUUCGCAUUUCUCUUGGGCGAAGAGCUUUUUUCACCUACAUCUAUUCGAGGUGCUGAAACUAGGAGCUUAUUCAGAUGUACCACACCUUCUCCUGGUUCCUCUCCCAACCCUAAGAUUCGUGAAGACUACGCUAAUGCAUCAACAACACCCACUGGUGAGUCUAGUAGGAGCCCACUAGAAAGGACGAAAUGCGUCCCUGUCGCCGAGAGCUUUCGACCGCCUACUGCCUCUCGAAAACCAGAGGUAGCACCUCACGACGAUGAAGCAGAGUGGUUUUCUGGCUCGAACUUUGCUGCAGACUCGAUGCUACACACAGCCUCUAGUGGAGGUUUUCCUGCUGAUGCUCGAACUCAAUACAAAGAUGGACAUGGAGCUGGCGGGCCUUGCCCUGCUGCUGGACGAGAUGAUCAUUUGUACUAAAGCUGUAUUAGCGCUGACAACCAUAACUAUAACACCACUACCUCCUGCUUUGAGGAGCUGUUUCUCAAACAAGAAAAUGUAGUUGCUGAAAAUUAUUGAAUUAAAAGAAAUUCAGAUGAAACAAAAGAUAUUUUCAGGUCGCUCCACGGAGAAUCGGGAUCGCGUGCGCGAAUUACAGAUGAUCCUGAUGCGCAUAAACGAAGUGAUGACUUUCCAAUGCUGCUACGCACCGACGAGUACACGGUGACAUACGCCGAUGCGUUUCGCCAUUCUGCAGAUACCAUAUGGCGCAGUGAUAGGGACGCUCGUACAUACCCAAUGGCGCACAAUAUUGCUCAUCUGCGACGUCCAGAAAAUGGUGAGAAUGCGGAUGGUCAAGACUGCUCCUACUCUGCUUUUUCAUCGAAAAAAUAUCAAGAAGAAAAUGGGCUUGCAGAGCCCGCAGAAGAAGAUGCUGAGCUUGAGCAUCGUACAUCUACUCACGUCCGCAUAGUGGGUCAUUAUGAGCCUCCUGGUCUUGGUCGCCAAGAUGCUGAUGCAUCAAGAAGACGACGGGUACGUUUUUCCCGGUUGCCCGCUGAAGAUUCAAAAAUGCCAUCCUUGGGACUGCGAGGAGACGCAUUCACUAGUACUCCUCCAAACGAGGGCGUUGAUGGCAGACGAAGGAUCCUGCGCGUUUAGUAUUUUACGUGAAGACGUUGCAGUUGCUUUGUCCUGGAGUCGCUCAUGAAGACGUCGAACGCUUAUCGGAUAAAAGUUGCUGCCUUCGUGCGGCAAUGCUCGCACCCGAACAAACUCUUUUCUGAUUUUGCACCAUGUGGUUGUGGGUCUUGCUGGCCCCCAGCGCCGGCCCCGUGGUGUUAAUAUUUUUUGCUAAUUUUGAUCUAUCGCGGUUGCUUGGUAUUUUCUUCGUCUGUGAAUUCCUUUUGUGUCGCUUGUACAGGAGUCAGAUCUACAUAGAAGGACUGACUUAUGGUCAUGACGAAGAUCACUCUCAUUCAGAUAUUAAGUACUUCUUUCCAAUAAUGAAAGAGGUUCUCGCUGUCAUGCUACCCGCAACACCUACUUUUUGCGUCCCAGGAGCACAAAACCACAAGAGCUCUCUCGAUACCUCAAGCAGACGGGUAAAUCUAAUAGAUCGAAAUCCCACUCCAAGUACAACAACUAGUUGUUAUCUUUUGCCUAUUUUCUUCAUGGAGGAACAACUUCGUUCCGGAGGACUUCUUUGAUGUUCUUUUUGCAUGUUGAAAGGAAGGUUUCAUCCAGCACAUCAGCCUCUUGAGCUGGGUGCCG